AUGUCUACCGACCAUCCCUCGGUCGCGGAUGAUGCCGCGACGCGACAGACAUCGACCGCCACAGCGCGAAGCAACAGCUUCUCGCAAGAUUCCCAGACUUCUGGUGAUUCCCAGACGGCAGCCGAAUUCAUCCGCAGCCAGGAAGCCCUCGAAGCGGAUGCGCGCGAGGCACUGCCCUACAGCAUCGACACAUGCACCAACAUCCUCGGCUCCCUCCGACAGAAUGUCUUUGCCUGCCUGACGUGCAACCCACGCCCCGAGAAGCAGUCGGACGAAUGGACGCCAGCGGGCGUCUGCUACGCCUGCUCAGUCCAGUGCCACGGCGAGCACGCCCUCGUCGAGAUCUUUCAGAAGCGCAACUUCACGUGCGACUGCGGUACGAAGCGCAUACCUCCGACCAGUCCCUGCAGUCUACGCACCAACUCCGAGACCAACACCCGCGGCGGCGUCCACUCCGAAGAGCCCGCCGCCAACAACUCAUACAACCAGAAUUUCGCGAACCGCUUCUGCGGUUGCGAGUGCGACUAUGACCCCUUCCAGCAGAAGGGCACCAUGUUUCAGUGCCUGGGGCUGGGUACCGUCGAGACGGGCGGUUGUGGCGAGGACUGGUAUCACCCUGGGUGCCUCGUGGGCAUGGGUCCCAAGUGGUAUGAGAAGAUGGCGGCUGGAAGGAAGCCGGCAUCCGAGAAGAACGAGAAUGGAACGUUACCACCGAUCUCUGAGGACCAGCCGAAUGGCACCGCCAAUGACGAGGCAGUGGUCGACGACGAUGACGACGACGAACCACCCAUGCCCCCAGGCUUUCCGGACGAAGAGGAAUUUGAGACCUUCAUCUGCUACAAGUGCGUUGAGGCGAACCCGUGGAUCAAGUCAUAUGCCGGCAGCCCGGGAUUUCUCCCUGCAGUCAUGCUUGAUGGUGCGACGGCCACCGCGACGACCACAACCAUUGCGCCCACGCCGGCGCCUGAAGAAGAGACCGGGUCCAAGAAGCGCAAGGCCGAGGAUGACGUUGAGGAACCAGCAGAGCCUAAGCGCACCAGGAGCGAAAGCCAAGACGCAGCUCCCGGCGAGAACAAGGAAGGUAGCGAGCCUCUUGCACCGAAGAGGGAAGAAGAAGAAGAAAGAGCCAAGGAUAUCACCCUGGGCUGCAAAGUGCCGGACCUUCCCACCCCGCCGUCCGGCCGUUUCUCCCUCUUCUUGAAAGACGAGGACUUCCGCACCAAGUUCUGCCGCUGCACCACAUGCUACAAGCACCUCGACGCCCACCCGCAACUGCUCGAGGAGGAAGAAGUGUACGAACCUCCGCUGACAGACGACGGCGGGUCGCACCACGGCGGGUCGACGCACGGCAGCGGCAGCCUCCUGGAACGUGGAGAGAGUGCCCUGCGCAACGUGGACCGCGUGCGCGCCAUCGAGGGUGUCAUGGCGUAUAACCACCUCAAGGAGAAGCUCAAGCCCUUCUUUCAGCAGUUUGCCCAGAGCGGCCAGGCCAUCGGGGCGGAAGACAUCAAGUCAUACUUUGCUAAGCUGCGCGGUGACGAGGAUGGGAUCAAGAAGGCUGGCGAGGCGGCGUCCAAGGACGGCGAUGGUGGGAGUGGCCAGGGCGAUGAUCACCAGCGUCACGAGCAAAGUGGCUGCUGA